GUCACUGAAUUUGCGACACGGGACAUCAACCCGCUAGUUUUAAAGUUAGCAACAGGAUAGCAGUAUCAUUUGUUCACGCGACUUUCGAAUUGUAAAUAAGAAAUGGCUGUGUGCAAACCCACGCCGUGGUCAGUGAACGAGGUGCAGACGUUACUCUCUUUAGUAGCCGAGGAGAGGAUCCAUCGAGAGUUGGAUGGGGCGACGCGAAACGAAAAAGUCUUUCGGGAAGUGUCUCAGCUGUUGGCCGCACACGGCUACCACCGGACCUAUAAACAGUGUAGGGAAAAGUUAAAAAAACUUAAAAGUGACUACAGAAGCAUCAAGGACCACAACAGCCGGAGUGGUUCAAACAGUGAAAAAAAGUGGAAGUGGUUCGACCAAAUGGACGCUAUCUAUGGCAACAGACCGGCGAUCAAUGGGAGGGAGAGUGCCCUGGAAUCGGCCACGCCGUUGCUGGAGCCCAAGAUGGAGGAUGAUUUCUUGUCUACGAGUGAUCAGGGUUCUUUAAUAAGCGCCCCUUCUUGUAAUGACGCCUCAAGUUCCACACCAGCACGACCGCCAACACCACCAACCUCCAGCACCAGCAUGACACUGGAGCGUGUGGUCACAGGCAAGAGGAAACGGAGCCUGCACCAACAUGAGCAUCUUUCCGUCCUAAGAGAGAUGCUCGCGGCCGACAUUCAACAGCAGGAGCUGAACCGGGCACAGAGGGAGCGCAGUUUGCAGAUGGCCAUUGAUGUUGCCCGGCAAGCAAGGGAGCAGGAAGCGGCCUUGAGGACGGAGGAGAAUGCACAAACGGCUGCAUUCAAUCAAGCCUUCCUCAGCAUCAUGGGCAAGCUUGUGCAGGCGAUGAGUGGCCGGAGAGAACAGGACAUCUCUGAUGCAAAUGAAACGUGCAGUGUAUCUGGACUCCAGAGUUACCCUCCAACACAUUACCUGAUGUCAGCUCUUAACUUUGCACGUUUAGUACCAACUUUUAACAAGCCUGUUAGUUCUGUAGAACUGCUCUUAAAAACACGCCGUCUGGGAGUUGCACUGGAGAGUGUCGCAACCGGUUCUGAAGUGAAAGGUGUUAUAAGAGUCAUGCCCAGUAACGAAAGAAGAGAAGUUGGGAUCAGGUACACUUUAAAUAACUGGCUGACAUUUUCGGAUAUACAGGCCGCCCUAAAACUGGAUGAAGAAAAUGUGCUAAAAUGGGAACAGUUUGAAUUUACAUUGCACGCACCACCCUGUUUUGACACAGAUUCAUCAGUGCAUUUCGCAGUGUUUUGUCGGGCUAAUCAUGGGGAAUACUGGGACAAUAAUGAUGGACAGAACUACACUUUAAGGAUUCAGACUGCUUAACAACCCAAGUCGUUAAUUGACAGAAUGUCAUGAUGCAAUGAUCAGAAAUGAAGUUCAAUAAAGUUAACUUGACUUUUGACUUGCAGCUGCACUAAUAAUCAACAUUUGUAAUAAAAGCUUCCUAAAUCUGUGAAAUAAACAGUUAAUACGUGAUAUUGCACAAAA